AGUGACGAGAGAUUACAGAAAUUGUAGAAAGAAAAAAGGAAAAUAAUUGAGUGAUUGUGAGGAUUUUCUCUGCUUACUUCUUCAGAGGCUUUUGGAGUUUGAUCGUCUUCUUCUCUUCUUUUUUUCCCCCUCUUCUAAUUCCCGCUUCUCUGUAUCCCUUUCUGUCAUCAUCUGUCUUUCAAGAUUUGGUUUUUGGGUUUGUAUUUUUUUGGAUUUUCAAAGAAUUAAAAAAAAAACAAACUUUGAAAAAGUUUUUUCGGAAGCCAGGUGGUUCAGAAUAGAGAUCCAGUUUUUUUUCGAUUUUUUUCUGUACCUGUUGUAGAUUUUUCUUUGAAUUUUCUUAACUGAGAGGGUUGUUUUUCUGUCCCUCAGGUUGAUUAAUGGUUCUAGGUUUUAGAAGAUACUUGUAGAAAAGAAAGCUUUUUUUAUUUUAGGGUUUCAAAUUUCGGUUUCUUUUUUUCUGAAACCUUUGCCUGUUCUUUGGUUUUGUUAAGAAACAGGUGUGCUUUUUUUUUUUUUGGUAGCAAUCUUGCUUUUUCUCUUAUUUGCUUGAUUCAGAAGUCAUGGCAGCAGCUAUAGAUAUCUACAGUAAUAGACCUGUAUUAUCAGAUCCCUUCAGAGAGGAGCUCAUGAAAGCACUGGAGCCUUAUAUCAACAGUGCUUCAUCUGCUUCCUCUGCAACUCCUUCAACUUCUUCUUCAUCUCCUACUCCUUCUUCUUCUUCUUACCCCUUCUGCUCUUUCUCUUCUCAACCCCAGUUUUACCCUGAUUCUUGCUCGACAUCGACUACCCAAAUGUUUUCUCCAGGGUUCUCGAUCGAAGGCCAGUUUGGUCCAGAGCAAUCAGGUUCAUCAAUAGGGCUAAAUCACCUCAACCCUUCACAAGUUCAGCAGAUUCAAGCCCAGAUCCAGUUCCAACAUCAACAGCAACAGAUGGCUGCCAUGGCUGCUGCUUCCAUCCAGAACCAGAGGCUCAGGCAGUAUCAGUCGCAGCAACAACGUACCCUGAAUUUCCUCGGCCCGAAAGCAAUCCCGAUGAAGCAAGUGGGUGGUUCAUUAGCAAAACCCACGAAGCUCUACAGAGGGGUAAGACAAAGGCAUUGGGGGAAAUGGGUUGCAGAGAUCCGGCUACCUAAGAACCGUACUCGGCUUUGGCUAGGCACUUUCGACACAGCUGAGGAUGCGGCUUUGGCCUACGAUAAGGCUGCUUACAAGCUCAGAGGAGAGUUCGCGAGGCUUAACUUUCCCGAUCUCCGACACCAAUUAAAUGUUGGAGGGGAGUUCGGCGAUUACCAGCCCUUGCAAUCCUCCGUUGAUGCAAAGCUUCAGGCUAUUUGUCAAAGCCUGGCUAGUUCGCAGAAACAGGGGAAAGCAGGGAAGCCUGCGUUCGCUUCUGAGCCGAAGGAGGAGAUUGAUGGGCAGUCGCAGUCACAAGCGAGCUCGACAGUAACAACUGUGCCUCAGCCGAAUAUGGGUUUGGAUACAUCAUCGGAAGGCGAAGUGGGUUUUCUGGGAAUGAAAGAUUGUAAGGUGGAGGAUGCAUCAUCGCCAUCGUCGACAGAGACUGAGGAGUCUGCGGGCUCUUCUUCACCUGAAUCUGAUUUCAAGUUCCCAGAUUUCAACGAGCCACCAUGGGAUGAGUCGGAGAACUUCAUUUUGCGGAAGUAUCCAUCAUGGGAGAUCGAUUGGGAAGCUAUCUUGUCCUAAAUUUUCUUUUGUAUUGGCAUCGUCCCUCUUUUUUAUUUGGGAUCUUGUUUCCUUAUCUUAGUUAGGUGGGUACUUUUCAAUAAUUUCUGUUUUUUGUUCAUGGGUAUGAAGAAUCAACAUUGGUAUCUCCGGUAGCUACUGCAAUGAAUUUUUGAGAUUUGCAGAGCUUGCUAGGGGAGUCUGGUUAGGUUCAGUUUAGUGGGUUAUAAGGAGUUCAUGUUAAUAUGUCUCAUCUCUCCAUCCUGGUCUACUGGUUUUUUCUUGGUUGGCCAGGGUUUAGUUGCUAUUAUGUAAUUUUCCCUCUUACCUUUUCUGCAGCAGUCUAAUACAGUAGAGAUGUAAUUAUUUUCUUCUUGAA